UGCGCGGAGGACCUGCCGUGCGCGGGCGGGAACCGACGGCGAGUGACGCGCACUGAUAAGGGAGCUGCUGACCGUCCGGCGGAGGAAGUGACGCAGCGAGGCCCCCCACUGAGCAGCGCCGGGCGCGUGACCCCGGUUUUCCAGCACGCACCUGGCAAGUGGGGUGCAGACUCGCGCAGGUGAACGGCCGACCCCACCGUAUCGCCAGAGCCGCUGACGGCGGGACCCACGACGGACACGCCCCUUGCUGACUUCUCAUAACCCCGAGUGACAAGUGGGAGUCACGAAAAGGGGCAGCACCCUGGGGUGGCUCUUCACGGAAGAGGGAGCUAAAGUCAAGGCCCUGAAGUGUGAGGUCCCGGUCUCCGAUCUGCGGGUGCCAGGGGCACCCAGGUGGUGGAGUGCAGACUGGCACGCAGGGAGAGGGUGCGCCCUGGUGUGUCCCGUGCCCCUGAAGCCCGGCUCUGCAGGGAGGCAGCCGCCACACGCCCAGCGGGGCCGGCUGCAGGGCUGCCCUGGGGGCCGACAGAGGCGGCGCCACCCGGCCUGGGGACCAAGCACCGCGGCCUCAGCACGUGGCCAGCCAAGGGUGACGCCAGCGGGUUCCCUGGGUUCUCGGAGAGGCACCCGGGGCUGGCGCGCCCUCUUCCCAGGAGAGGAGGGUGGGGAGGGGGCCAGGGGCGCGGCGUGUGAACAAAGCCCCGAGAGGACCCAGAAGUAAAAUCCGAUCCCUUGCCAGGAGAGGCGUGUGAGGCCCGAGGCCACAGAGGAGACCCUUCGACCUUGAGCAGCCCGAAGUCAUGGUGGGCUCCUGAGGGGAGGGCCGCGCUGCCAUGGAGAGUCCGGUGGCCCCCUGCGUCCUCUUCCCGGGGGACGACGGCGGCCCCGAGCCCCGGGGCCUCUUGGCCCAGGGAGUGUGCGGCCAGGCUGGGGGCGGCGGCGCGCCCGAGGCUCCGGGAGAGGGCAGCCUGCAGCCGCCGGAUGCAGCUGCGGGGGAGGGCGCUGUGUCCCCGGCGCAGUCACCCUGCAGCCUCAGCGCGUCCCUGUGCUUCAGCUCCGGGGACGAGUCCCCGCCGCAGUCCCGCGCCUCCGCUGCGGAGGGCGCAGCGGCCUCCCCGCCCUCGGGUCGCAGCGGCCAGCGGGUGGUGGAGAGGCAGUGGGAAGUCGGCAGCUCCGGCGCCCUGUCGCCCGAGGACUCCGAGGAGACCGCGUUCCCGGAAGAGCCCGCGUCCCCGGAGGAGCCCACGUCCUGGGAGGAGCCCGAGGACCCCGCGCCCGUGCCCCCCGGCGUCGGGCCCGCGCACGGGGAGCCGGACCUGGUCAUCGAGGUGUCGGGCCGCCGGCUGCGGGCACACAAGGCUGUGCUGGCGGCGCGCAGCGACUACUUCCGUGCGCGCGCGUCGCGGGACGUGCUGCGGGUGACCGGCGUGGGCUGGGCGGCGCUGCGGCUGCUGCUGGCCUACGCGUACAGCGGGCGCAUGGCGGGCGUGCGCCCCGACAACGUGGCCGAGGUGGUGGCCGGCGCGCGCCGCCUGCAGCUGCCCUGCGCCGCGCAGCGCGCGACCGAGGCCGUGGCGCCGCAGCUGAGCCUCGCCAACUGCCUGGAGGUGCUGAGCACGGCCAAGAGGCAGCGGCUGACGGAGCUCCGCGACGCCGCCUACCGCUUCAUGAGCGACCACUACCUGGAGGUGCUGCGCGAGCCCGCGGUGUUCGGGCGCCUCUCCGGGGCCGAGCGCGACCUGCUGCUGCGCCGCCGCCUGCGCGCCGGCCGGGCCCACCUGCUGGCUGCCGCGCUCGGGACCGCCGGGGAGCGCGCCGGCAGCCGGCCGCAGAGCCCGUCGGGGGACGCGGAGGGCCGCGGGGACGCCGCCGUCUACUGCUGGCACGAGGAGGCCGGCGAGUGGCGCGAGCUGACGCGGCUGCCGGAGGGCGCGCCCGCGCGGGGUUGCGGCCUGUGCGUGCUCUACAACUACCUCUUCGUGGCCGGCGGCGUGGCGCCCGCGGGCCCCGACGGCCGCGCGCGCCCCUCGGACCAGGUCUUCUGCUACAACCCGGCUACGGACCGCUGGAGCACCGUGCGGCCGCUGCGCCAGGCGCGCUCCCAGCUGCAGCUGCUGGCCCUGGACGGCCACCUGUACGCCGUGGGCGGCGAGUGCCUGCUCAGCGUGGAGCGCUACGACCCGCGCGCCGACCGCUGGGCCGCCGUGGCCCCGCUGCCCCGGGGGGCCUUCGCCGUGGCGCACGAGGCCGCCACCUGCAACGGGGAGAUCUACGUGUCCGGGGGCUCGCUCUUCUACCGCCUGCUCAAGUACGACCCGCGGCGCGACGAGUGGCAGGAGUGCCCGUGCAGCAGCAGCCGCGAGCGCUCGGCGGACAUGGUGGCGCUGGACGGCUUCAUCUACCGCUUCGACCUGUGCGGGGGCCGCAGCGACGCGCAGGCCGCGGGGCAGGCCGGCGGGGUCAGCGUGCUGCGCUACCACUGCCUGGCCAAGCAGUGGAGCCGCUGCGCCUCGCACCUGCGGCCCCCGGGCGCCCCGUCAGGCCUGCAGCCCUUCCGCUGCGCGGCGCUGGGCGACAGCAUCUACUGCGUGAGCCGCACCGGCACCUGGCGCUUCGUGCCUCCGCGGGACCGCGAGCCCGGCGCGGAGGAGGGUGCGGGAGGCAGCUUCGAGGCCGAGGCGCUGGGCGCCCCCCUGGAUGUGCGGGGCGCGCUCUUUCCCUUCGUGCUCAAUCUGCCGGAGAAGCCAGACAGAGGCGAGGAGGGCCCCGAUUAGGGCGAGCUGGGGUGCCCCGGGCGUCCUCUCUGGCGGCCCCGGGAUGGGGAAGGCCUCCUGGGAGGGGAGGAUGGGAAGGGCGCCAGGGAGCAGAAAUCAGAGUGCAGAGUGUCC